UCCACUCUGUUAAUACUCCCUCUCGGCCUUUUCUUUUGCUCCCAGACAGACAAACACACCAUCAGACAGCUAAAAAAAAAAACUCCAAUACUCCCUCUCGGCUCCCCUCUUUUUCCCUCCCUCUCAAUCUCAUACACCAUCACGCACCAAUACAAAAUCACUUCCCUCUCUCAGCUCCUUCCUUCUGCAGCCAUUUUCUCUCACAAACCGAAAAAAAAAGGGGGGCAAAAGAAGGUGAAAGGCAAGAUCAAGGGUGAAGUUGGGAGCUUGCUGCUAGUGCCAUUACCACCACCACUGCCAUAAUAAUCGCCAUUGUAAAACUAUUCAGAUGCAUGGAAAGGACUACUUGAUACUCCUGGAACCAUGAUUCCAAAUUACGAUCCAGAAGUGGCAGUUUCAGUCAACAAGUUUGUUGAUCAGUUGCCAGCUGUUUUUAAUCAGGUGACAUCCCACUUACAUCAUGAUGCCUAUCCAACCUGGAAAACAAAUCCUGCCACCUUUGUGGCUGAACAUGUCUAUAUCUCCAUCAUUUAUCUGUCAAAUGGUGAAAUGGCUUUGUUGCUGAAGAGGUGAUUUUCGGUGGGUAGUUGAACCGACCCGAAUCAAGCCCCUCUGAGAUGAAGUGAGGUGUAUCCUCACGUCUGAAGUGGAUGGCGGGGCUUCUCCCCUGGUAUCACUCCGACGAUUAAGUUAGUAUGAGAACGAGAAAGAUAAUAGUAUAUGAGAAUGAACAGUGUGUUUACUUGUUGGGAGUGUGUGGGGUAUUUAUAGAGUGAGAGUGAAGGGCAGGACGGAGGUCUUAUGCCGGUGGGAACCAUGUCCUGCCAUUACGGCUCUGCUCCCUGUCGGGGGGCCUGACUCUGACACUGUAGCCGCCUGGACAGGGUGACGAGGAGUCCUUCGCAGUAGUCAUUAAGUGCGACAGUGCUUUUCAGAUAAAGCACUGAUCCCGGAUGAUGUCAGGUGUCUUGGCAUCAUCCGCGUGCAGCUGAGGUGGAGGUGCCGAGGUCACCUACACGGUAGACUGGGGAUCCGGCCGAGUUUAAGGGAUAUGCCCGAGACACGGAUGAGCUCUGAUGACGGACGAGGUGAGUUCACCUCGGGCAUGCGGGGCGGCCGAGGUGAGCAUCCUCAAUAAGCCCCCCAAGCCUCGGAAGCUCCGGGCCAGGGAGGUACCGAGGCUUCCUUGGGCCGAAGUUGUAGAGAGUCGGAGUCCUGAAACUGCCCCGGAAGAUGCGGGGACGCGACACGUGGGCGUGUCAGUUGACAGGACGUGGUCACUGGUAACCGUCGCGUCGUGAAGUAGUGGGACGUUUCGUGCAGAGGGUGUCAGCUGAAAGGACGGGGCAUUAAUGAGGAGAGAGGGAGGCACGACGCUUUGAAUUCGAACGUGGCCGUCCUUUCACAUUCUUGCCGCCUCUUCGGAUUCUCCCCAAACCCUUAUAAAUAGGGGGGUCCCCCUCACCGCACUUCCCACACCUUUCAUUUUCAUCCGAGACCUGCAAAGUUCGCGAGCGUAGCCGAGGUCAAUAUAGUAGCCGAGAUCAGAUCCGAGGUCAUCCACUUCGUCCAGUUCCGUAGGCAAUAGUAAGUACCCUUUUUCUUUCUUAUUUCAUCUUUCACCCAUGGCCAAAACGGCUAAGACCCACAGAGAGACCAUAACUCCGAGCUACCUGACCGAGGUGAGGCCGGAUCCUCGGGAAGAAGCGACGACGUCUAGCUCGGAAGGGUCGACCCCGAGUUCUGAGAAGGGAUCAACCGAGGCGGGAGCCAGUGGGGCAGCCUCGGAGUUGGAGUCAUCCGAGAUGAGCGAGGGUGGUUCCGGGGUGGACUACAAUGAGGAGCUCGGCGUCGAGACACCACACGACGAGGACGCCCUGGAGCCUGUCGCUCCCAAGGACCUAGCCAACAUCGACUUCGGCAAGAUGCCGAAGUUUAGAAGUCGCAUCGGAAGAGAUAGGGCCGUGAAGGUGAUGAACAAGUACCCUUUCCGGUCGGGGUACGAGAUCAUACCGGCCGGGGCAGAUGACUCAGCCGAAAAGCCCCCCUUGGGCACAGUGGCCAUCUAUGUCCAACAGUUAGAGGCCGGGCUGAGGAUGCCCACGUCGAGAUUCUUCAGGGACUUGCUUCGUCACUUCGGCGUGAGGAUUACCCAACUCACCCCGAACGCGAUCCGCAUCAUUAUAGGGUUCGAGAUGCUGUGCCGACAUCAGGAGGUGGCUCCCUCUGUCGACCUCUUCUGCCGAUGUUAUACCCUCAAGGCGCACGGGACAGACAAGGGAUGGUUUUUUGUUAGCAAUCGGAACAAUGCCAUUCCGAAGUUGGUGGUCGGUUCUCCCAGCUCAAUCAAGAAUUGGAAACGCGACUUCUUCUUUGUGUCCGAAGUGGACUUUCCCAGAGGUUUCUGGUGGAGGCCAAUCAAAGCGAAAGCCGAUCCCUCCGCUGGGGAUGCCAAGGAGGAGGACUUCCAGAAGCUGAUGGGGUCAGGAUUUCGGAUAUAUAGCCUAGACUACCCCGAAGCCGUGCUGGUUGAUGGAGGAGUCAGCCGAGCUUUGCUCAGUCCUGACAAAACUCCCUUCACUUCCACCAAACUUAAGAUUCCUUUGACUAAACUGUCCGACAUCGUCGUAUCGGGCUCGUCCGAGGUGGCCAAAAGGCAGAAGAGGAAAAGCUCUGGCGAGACAUCGGCACCUCCGCCAAAGAAGAAAUCACAAGGACCAGCUGCCAAGACCUCGGCGGCUAAAAGCACUCCCACCCCGGUUGGUCAAAGCAGCUCGGCCACCGCGGCUACGGGGUCCACCUCGUCCGUGCCCGAGGGAGUGCCUCUUGGAGUCACCACGGCACUCCCACCUCAUGGCCGAGGCAAGCAGCUGAAGCCCCCAGUCAAUGCAGUGUCGGGGACCUCGCUAUGGAACCGUUUCCAUAGCCCCCCGGUGUUUCCCGGGGAGGAGAAGACACACUCUGGCGAGCACUGGUGUCCGAACUGGAAGCUUUCGGUCAACGACAGGUGCAGCCAUCCUCGGGUUGCCCAAGAGCUAGUGAUGCACUCCACCCUGUCAAGGGACUUGGAGUUCAUGAAGAAGCUGACCCCGGCCGAGAUGGUUCAGAGUCUCAUGGUGACCACGGCCUCCAACUCAGCCUUUGUUGCCGAGAUGGCACACCGGUACUGUGCUAUGGUCGAGGAGCAGGACACAGGCAAGCUGCAAAAUCAGAUCUCCAAGUUGGAGAAGAAAUUGGCGGUGUCCGAGUCUGAGAAGGCCGAGCUUCAAAGGCAGCUCAAGGAGGCCGAAGCUAAGGGUGAGGAGGCCGAGGUUACUAUGAACAGUCUCAGAUCGGCCCUCGAAGAAGAACAGAAGAGGGGGGAGGAGGUGAAGAAGUCUCAUGAGCAAGCCCUCAACAGUGUUGGGGCCUCGGCAGUGGACGCAUUUCGGAGGUCUGAGUCCUUUACCAAGGAUCUCGGCCAACUGCUUACGCCGAGCUUCAUGUUUGGCUUCACGUCGGGUGUGGACGCGGCCGCAGCCCACCUCUCAUCUGAAGCCUUGGAGUCACUGAAAGACAAUGCUCACUACAAUGAAGAUUCCAAGGAAUUGUGUGACCGGAUGGCCGAGGGCAUCCAAAAUGGAAGGAACCUGGCCGAGAUCCAAGACGAGUUCAACAAAUGGCUGUCUGAACUCGACGAAGUGUUCGAGGAGGGCCAAGGAGAAGAAGCCGAGGUAGGCCUCGGCGAAGGGACGGGUGAAGUGUCUGGAGGGAACAUCGGCGAAGAGCAUGGAGAAGAGCUUCACCCCGGUGGAGAGGAGGCCGGAGAAAAGGCUGCCCAGGAGGGAGCCGAGAAGGGGAAUGGAGCCGAGACAGGGGUCUAGGCUCGUGGGUCUUAAAGGGGUGGCCGAGGUGGAGAGUGCUUAGUAGCACUCCGACCUCGGCCUUGUAUUUUUUGUAACGCUCU